GUCAAAGGCUCUGUAAUCCAUGCAGUGAAGAUGACUGGUCCAAUGCAGAGAAGAACAAGUGUGUGCCAAAGCUUGUGGAAUUCCUUGCUUAUGAGGAGGCCCUGGGGUUCACCCUUGUCAUCCUUUCCAUCUUUGGAGCUCUUGUGGUCUUGGCAGUCACUGUUGUGUAUGUGAUCCACAGGCACACUCCAUUGGUGAAAGCCAAUGACCAGGAGCUGAGCUUCCUCAUUCAGAUAUCUCUGGUUAUCACAGUGCUGUCAACCAUGCUAUUUAUAAGCAAGCCAUGCAACUGGUCCUGCAUGGCCCGCCAGAUCACUCUAUCACUGGGCUUUUGCCUUUGCCUGUCUUCCAUUCUUGGAAAGACUAUUUCACUCUUUUUUGCAUACAUAAUUUCUAUAUCCAAAACCCGGCUUAUAUCCAUGCACCCCAUUUUUUGUAAACUCAUUUUACUGAUCUGUGUUUUUGGUGAGAUUGGUGUAUGUGCAUCUUACUUGGUGAAGCCACCCAGCAUGUUCAAGAACAUUGAAUGUCAGAAUGUAAAGAUCAUCUUUGAGUGCAAUGAAGGUUCUGUAGAGUUUCUAUGCUCCAUAUUUGGGUUUGAUGUUCUUCUGGCUCUGCUGUGUUUUCUUACAACCUUUGUGGCUCGCCAGCUGCCAGAUAAUUAUUAUGAAGGGAAAUGUAUCACUUUUGGAAUGCUGGUCUUUUUCAUUGUCUGGAUCUCUUUUGUCCCUGCUUACUUGAGCACUAAAGGCAAAUUCAAAGUGGCUGUGGAAAUAUUUGCCAUUUUGGCCUCUAGCUAUGGCUUCUUAGGCUGUCUAUUUCUUCCCAAGUGUUUCAUUAUCUUGCUGAGGCCAAAGAGAAACACUGAUGAAAAUGUUGGUGGAGGAGUCCCCACUGUUGACAGGAGCAUCCAACUGACCUCAGCCUCUGUGAGCAAUGAGCUUAACAGCACCACAAUAUCAACUGUUCUGGAUGAGUAG